UUCACGUUCCUUCACAUCGUCCUCUCAACCCAAAAAUCCCCCCCAAAAUUUGGCAUAACAUGGGUUAAAAGGAGAGGGAGAAAAAAACGAGGAGGAAAAAAAUCUUUUUGCCGGGGGUUCGCCUCCUACAGGACCCAGAAGUGAACAACAGGCGACCCGGAAGGUUUGAAGUCCGCCUGACUGCAAAUCGACACGAAAAGAAGACGAGUAGCGAUUGUUGCCCAAAGAAUCACCGCCUGCGCGCUCACUCUAGCAGAAUGGCUGAACCUCGCUUUAACAGUCCCUAUUUUUGGCCCCCGCCACCCGCCAUGGCUGUCACUCAGGAACAGCUGAUGGCGGAGAAGAUUCGAGCGUCUCAUCCGGCUCCUGUUACGCUGCCUUCCCAGCAGCCCUUGCUCUCCCCGGACGGUGGCCAGCAUGUGACGUCCAAAGCCCAGCAGCCGGACGUCGUCCUACAUGCCAGCCCCGCCCGGCCCACCUCCAGCUCACUCACGGGUCGGAUUCUCGGCGACGUUAACUUAAACCUGGAGGAUAAAGCGGCCAUCAAAGCCAGGGGAUUGUGGGAGGACUGGCGUCAGCUCAUCGAGCACCCCGCUCGGGCAAACCACCUCUCAGGCGUUUCGCUGGCAUCCAGAACGGGAAACCUCAACAACUCUGAGGUCAUCUCCCCAUCCACGCCACCCUCUGGCGCCUCCACACCCCACCUGCUCUCCAGCUUCCCCAACCCUCACGGGAUGGAGCCUGGAAGAACCAACGGAGGUCUCAUGGGUCUACUCGGAGUAUCCAAGCCACCGAAGGAAGGACGUCGGAAAAUCAAAGCAGAGAACGGCUCUUCGCUUUUGGUAGUGCCGUACCCUAUUCUGGCGUCCAGCAAUGACCAGUCAGCCAUUAGCAUCACUGCCAAAGAGAAAACAUACAGGUGUAAAGUGUGCCCGCUGACCUUCUUCUCCAAGUCGGACAUGCAGAUCCACUCGAAGACUCACACGGAGGCCAAGGCGUACAAGUGUCCUCACUGUACCAAGACGUUUGCCAACGCCCCGUACCUGGCGCAGCACCUGCGCAUCCACCUGGGCCUCAAGCCGUACCGAUGCGCCUACUGCGAGAAGUGCUUUCGACAGCUUUCGCACCUGCAGCAGCACACCAGAAUCCACACGGGGGAUCGUCCAUAUAAAUGCUUCCAACCCGGAUGUGAGAAGGCCUUCACUCAACUAUCUAAUCUGCAGUCACACCAGAGGCACCACAACAAAGACAAGGCGUUCAAGUGUAACAACUGUUUCCGGGCAUACUCUGACGCAGCAUCGCUGCAGAUGCACCUUUCCGCCCAUGCCAUCAAGACGGCUCGGGCCUUCUGCUGCAGCACGUGCGACAGAGCGUACACCUCGGAGACCUACCUCAUGAAGCACAUGUGCAAGCACGCGGCGGCACAGCAUGCGGGGCCUCGAAGGAGUGACGCCCCCCACCUCCACCAACGGACGGAUGCCUCGGACCUGAGCGCCGCCACCAUUUUGUCCCGACAUCACCUCUCUCUCUCCGUUUAGCAUACGACGAUGACUAUACGACUGAUGGACUCGGGUACGACCAAAAACAAAAAAACAAAAAACAAAGUGCCAGAGUGUACUAAUACUUUAUGAGGAGGUACAAUACUACUUUCCUCUGUAUUCAUUAUAAAUAUAUAUAUAUAUAUAUAUAUUCGCAUCUGGAUUAUGUCUAAUGAGCACUUUGAGGCCUGGAAUGGACAGACCUAUAACAUUUAUUGUGAUGUCACAGAUUGUUCUUUUUUAUACGCUCCCUAACUUUUUUAAUGCUCGUUAAGGUAUCUUCUAUAUAUCGUACGCGUCCUACAUUUAUGUAAAUAUUAUGUGACGAGUUUUUGUAUUGUCGAUAUUUAUUCUUUUUGGCCACAUUCCCUCUUGAGGUCACUUAGGUUUUGAUAAGGAAAGAAAAAAGGGGCCAACGCAAGACUUAUUUGGUACACCCGUACAAUUUAAUAUGAUCCAAAACGAGUUAUUUUCCCAUAAUUUGCCUUUGCAAAGAUGAUAAUGAUUUCAGUUUAACAAUCUGUUUAUUAUUGUGGUAGCCUCUUACGUCCUUACACAAAAUCAGCAUAGGAUUGACUGUCAACAUGUUUUUAGAAAAUAAAACAAUAAUCAGAA